AUGUCUCUGGACUUUGUCCAUCUAGGCGGGGGUCCCCCGAAGAAGACCAAGACGAUCAAGUCCGCCUACGACAGCGAGAGCUGGGACAACGACUGGGCAUUCCAUGUUGAUGGCCUCGUCGGCUCGGCCACCAUCUCGCCCUCGGGCCGGGACGUCGCCCUUGCAUCACCCGAAGGCCUCGCCAUCAUAGACCUCGACUCACCAUGGAGUCCCCCCCGCCGCCUCAGCAGCCACGGCCUGCCCUGGCUGGUCGUCGACGUGCAGUGGUCGCCCUUCGCGGCCCGCGACUACUGGGUCGCAUCGACGGCCAACCACCGCUGCCUCGUCUGGAACCUUAACAUGCGGGACGACUCACCGACCGGCGCCAUCGAGCACUCGCUGCAGGCGCACACGAGGGCCAUCACCGAUAUCAACUUUUCGGCGCACCACCCCGACUCCCUUGCCACUUGCUCUGUCGACGGUUACGUGUAUUGUUGGGACCUCCGCCGGCCGCGACAGCCUGCUCUUGCGUUUUGUGACUGGUUUGCGGGCGCCACGCAGGUUAAGUAUAGCCGGCAAGAUCCGAAUAUUUUGGCGUCGGCUCAUGAUCGGUGGCUGCAUAUCUGGGAUAUACGGAAGGCUGCCGAGCCUGUGAAGUCGAUCUGUGCUCAUACGUCCAAGAUUUACGGGAUUGACUGGAACAGGACGAAGCCUACCUGCCUUGUGACGUGCUCUCUGGACAAGAGCAUCAAGUUCUGGGACCACUCCCAGGAGGGCGACUCCCCGCAGAGGGUUAUUCGGACUGACUUUCCCAUGUGGCGGGCUCGGCAUACGCCUUUUGCUUAUGGGCUGUUGGCCAUGCCUCAGACAGAACCGGGCUACUUGUAUCUAUACGACCAGCGCUUGAAGCCCGACGACCCGGUUGAUGGUCCUGUCAAGCCAGUCGCUGUCUUCCCCGGCCACGGCGAGCACCACAAGGCUAAGGAGUUCUUGUGGAGGAGUCGCGGCGGCGUGAGCAACGAUGGCAUUGACAACCGCGAGUUCCAGUUGGUAUCCUGGGGCGAGGACAAUAAGUUGCGCUUGCACAAGGUCGACGAGAAGCUGCUUGAAACGGUCGGCCAUGUGCGUGGCGGCCCGGUGAUGCAGAACCUUGUGCUUACACGCAAGGGGGCAAUCUACAAGACAUUCCGUACGGUCGAAGAUACCGCUCAUCGGGACCACAGGAGUCCGACGAUGAGUGAUUCGCGUGCGCCACAGAGUGCUCUAAGCCUGGGGUUAAGUCGCAUGGGACAUUCUUGGGGGAGGACGACCAUGAAAGCCAAGAGCAACAUGGUCAGGCACCUCGACAGGAGCCAGCUGCAGAUCGACUGGCUCAAGCGCAUCACCAUGUCAAAACCAAAAACCGCCUCGGCCGAUCCGGACGGCGAGGACAUCUUCGGCCCCGAAUGGGCCGACACCGAAACCAUACAAGACGAGCUCCUCCGCAUCAGCAGCUCUCUCCCCAACGUCAAGCUCGACAACAUCGACAUGGAGUCCCUCACAGUGCACGCUUCGCUCAAAGGACCGUGGGGUGUCAACCGCGAGACCAUCUUCAUCAAAGUCCGCAUCGACAUCCCCACCUCCUACCCCAAGAGCAAAGCCCCCCGCUUCUACGUCGACAAAUCCUCCUUCAUGCCCGACGAGACGCACGCCAAGCUCGAGGCCGAGCUGCAUGAGUUAGCGAACCGCUUUCUGCAGAGGCAGCAGAACUGUCUGUACAUGGCGUUUACCUAUCUCUUGGGAGAGGUUGAUCUCGAGUCUAGCACCGCUUACUUUAAGAAUGUUCGCGACUUCGACGACUCCGACGGUCUCGCCGACGACAGCUCCAGCGAGGAAGACGAAAGCAAUAUCCCGGCUGGCGACUCCGUCAUGUCGCAGGAGCUGAGCGCCAGCACCGAGCUUGAUGCUGACGCCACGCUAGCAACGGCCCAGCGCCAGGCGGUUGCCCCGUUACCACGAUUCUGUGGCGCGCGGUGGUCGAAUGAUGGCAGGCUGGUGUGUUUCUUCCCUACCAAAGAGGAGAAAGCGAGGGCGUUGUUUGGUGCGCUGCCGGAUUCUUCUAGGGACAAGAAGGGGGAGCCGACGUUCGCUGGGUUUGGGAGGCUGGAUCAUGACUCGCCGCCGCCGAAGCACAGAUUGCAUGAUGAUGCCUCGGGGACGGAGGAUAACCUAGAUGAUUCGGACGACGGGGCGUCGACUUCGUCGUCGACGGAUUCCGAGCCGACGACGGUACACAAGAUUGGCCUGUGGUACCAGCCUUAUCGGCACUUCCGACGCACAUGGAGCGCGAAUGACUCGGUGCGAUCAAGCGGCGGGGGCACUGGACCUGGAACAGGCACCGGCACCGGCACGAGCAGACGACGCCCGGGCCGACCGAAGAACGUGAUUUCGAUAUACAACCUGCAGAGCGAACUCCCGUCGAAGAAGGCCUUUGCGCAGGAGUACGCCAUCUUUGGCGACGGCGCCGACGUGUGCAGCCAUAAUGCGGCGGUGGCCGAGAAGUAUGGCGAGCCAGAGCUCGCGCACGUCUGGCGGUAUGCGGCGAUGCUGUUGCGCAGGGAUGUACCCUUGGAGAUUCAUGAGCGGUGGCAUAAGGGCCAGCCGGUACUGGUUAUUGCGAAGGACGCGGUCGCCAGGGCGAGGGAGGGGGAUUUGCCGAUGGAGGUGGAGGAGGAGGAUGUCUCCGGUGCGCCGUCGACCGGGCCGAGCCUGGCAGGGAGAGUCAGAUGGGGGUAUCAUCCGCUUGCGAGGGACAUGAUUGACGACUUGUUUGAGUACUAUGAGAAGAUUGCGGAUAUACAGAUGCUGGCUAUGUUGGCGUGCAUCUUUGGGGAUUACUCGAUUGAGGAAGAGGCGGCGAUCGCGGCGUCACAUUUGCCACAGCCGAAGACGCCUUUGCCGAUGAAGGCGCCGUCGUUUUCGUUGGAGUAUUUUCCGACCGACCCGACGCUGUGGAAUCUGAGCAAUUGGAAGAGCCAGGCUAGCUCGGGUGUCACGACGCCCAGGACGGCGAAUACACCUGCGGUGUACUCGGCUUCGCCCAGUGAGGAGGAGCUGCAUGGAUCGGUUGAGCCCAGGUCGAAUUCCUACUCGUGCGGGGAGACGCCGCCUAAGGUUGUGAGGGAUCAUCUGAGGGAUGUGACGAGUCAGACCCAGAGCUUGUCGACGUCGCCCAGCAACCGCCUGCUUCAGAGGGCCAACUCGACCGUCGCGGCUGCGUUUGCUGCUAGCUUACCCCGCGCUCUAGCCGGCAUUGUGUCUGCUUCGCCGCCCGAUCCUCUCAAGAAACGCCUCAGCCCGUCCGAAACGGCGCCAGGGACGUUGACACCGAAUGCCCUACCCACCUGGGCCGGCUCGAGCGGGUCCAACGCCGGCGGCGGUCCCGACACCCCGGGUACAUCCCGCACCUCCCUCUCCGACGACGAAUACACCCGCGACGAUUUAUUUGCGAUGGUACCCGUGGCGAUAAACUGCUUUUCCGAAAACCAAGGCCUUUUUGACGACGACGGGUGGAUGUCGACCCCGCUCAUCGACCGCAACCGUUCCCAAGUGUACUCGAACUACCGCUAUGCGUAUGCAGAGAUGUUGCAGAUGUGGGGACAGCCUUUGUCAAGGUUGGAGAUUAUGAAGUUUGAUGUGCUUAAGGAGGAUAAGCAUCAUCUUUCUUCAUGGUUCCAUAGUGCUGCUGCUGGUGGGGGUGUCGGGGGUGCUGGGGAGGAGGGAGGGGGUCCCUCUGGACCGGCGAAUACCCCUACGCCGUUUUACGGGGCUGUGCCAGGGUCGCCGACAUCGCCGUUUGCCGAUCGAAAACAUGCCCAUCUGCAGGAUCUACUUAAUUCCGGGCGAGCGGUCGACGUAACAGGCUUCUGCCGCAUCCACCCCAACACGCCUCUCGAACCGGCCGAGUAUUUACGUCCCAAGACCCCGGCUGGCCCCUCCCCCUCCUCCCUUGAUGUCAACCCUCCUCCCAAGUUUGUCAACGGUGCCGUAGGCGUCUGCCACCUCUGCGUCCACUCGCGUGACCAAUCUGAUUUGAUCCCGCAGACAGAACUCGAAUGCGUCUACUGCUGGGGUCCGAUCAUCGGUCUGUAUGUGGCGUGCCUGGCGUGUGGGUGUGUCUCGCAUGAGGGGUGCUUAGCAGAAUGGCAUGCCCUGGGGGGUGAAGAGUGUCCCGUAGGACAUGAGUGUUUGUGUGUUGAGCAGGCGAGUAGUGCCGAGGGGCCGGGGGUUUGGGUGGGUGUCGGGAGGGCAUUGGGGGCUGCUGCGGCGGAAAGUAAUGAGGAAGGGGGGGGUGGUUUUGUCGGGAAGUUGGAGGAGUACGAAGGUAAAACGGGACGGCAGGGAGGGACGAGGAGGAGGCCGCUGAGUGCGGAUGGAGGAGCGGUGCAGUAUCAGGGGCAGGGUCAGAGGAGGACGGGGGGAAGGAGUAAUAGUAUUACGGGGCAUGACUUUGUUAUUGUGGAGGGGAGUGAGAGCGGGAGCACAAGUACCGUUACGGCGAUACGGAACAGCCCGAGGAAGGCAUCUGGAAAGGGUCCGGGUCCGGGAGGGAAGAAGGGAGGUCAAGCUGCUGCGACUGGGAGUAGCUCUUCUAGCAGCGCCGACCAGAAGCCCGUCCGCCAUCACCAUAUGGGAGUCCCCUCGCUAACCGUUACAAAUCCCUCCCCCGGCAGCGAAUCCCCCCCUGGACCCUCGGGAACGACAACAUCAAGAGACGCGGCACCAGCAGGACGUUCCUCAACAUUUAUCUUCCCCUCGGCGCCCACCUCCCCGUCAGCAUCAUCCCCCCUCCUCCCCCCUCAAGCCCCUCCCUCCCCGUCUCCGCCUCCUCAACCUCCCCCCCUGCCCUUUGCCCCCAUCUCCCUCGCCCACUCCUGCUGGUCUAGCCCCCCUAACCACCACCACCACCACCACCACCACCAACAACAACAACAACAACAACAACAACAUUAUCAUCAUCAACACCACAACCAACAACAGCACGUACCCCCCUCGUCAUCAACAUCCUCUGCGUCUAGUUCGCACCACAGUCCAUCAUUAGCCACGUCGGCGUUACUCCUAGCGGGAAUAAAACCCCCUCCCACCGGCGACGAACCGGUAUCCGCGGCGCAGCUGAGUCUGGGGAAGAGGCUUAAGAGGUCGCUGGAGGCGGCGGCCGCGCAGGAAAGGGGCCAUCAUUACCAUGGGCAGGGGCAUAACCCGGGGGAAGGAGCGAGUAACAGGCCGGGGAUCAUGAGGAGGAGUACCUCGGCGUUGGGGGGUAGUUGGGGGGGUAAACACAGGGGGUCGGGGUGA